AUGCCAGCUCACCUGGCUGGCUUCAACGAUUUUUGGCGGCACGAGCCGGCCAAAAAGGUGCCAAAAACUCAUCAUCAUUUGUGCUUUGAACUUCUUAAAAGUAAAUUGCUCGUCCGCAUCUGCCCGAGAAAAUUUCGUGACUAUCCCAAAAAACACCAAAAAACAAAUAUGAAAUUCUUCAUGCUGUUGGCCUUGGCCCUCGUGGGUGUUGCUUGUGGCGCCCAGCUGCCCGACUCUGCCACCCAGGGACCCAAUCCUCAGGAUAUUGCUACUCCAGAGCCCGAGUACAUUGACAUUGAGGAUCCUGCCCCGGUGGCCUCCGCUCCUGCCCCCCGUCCCGUUGCUGCCCCGGCUCCUCGUCCUGUGAUCGCUGCUCCAGCACCCAUUGCCCGUCCCGUGGCUCGUCCCGUGGUCCAGUCCUUCAUCCAGCAGCCCGUGCACCAGCAGCAGAUCCUCCAGCGUGCCCAGUAUCUGGCGCCAGUGGCCCAGCAGAUCCAGGUGGCUCCCGUGCAGCAGCUGGCGGGGCACACGUACAGCAGCAGGGCCGGCUACCAGUACCGUCGUCCAGUCUAUGUAAGACGCUUCUACCGCCUGCGCCGCUAUUAA